UUCAUCUUGACUGUGGUGUUUUAGACCAGAGCAGCCGAGCAGCCCGUCUGCUGGGGAGAGACAGAGGAAAAGUUAGUCAAGAUGGCAAAUCCCACAGACCCGGAGUGAAGGGGCACCGCUCCCCGAUAAAAGCUGAGCCUGUCGCCCGACCUGAGACAAACACAACGAUGCAAACUGCUCCAGGAGGCUUAAGAGGGAUUCCCUGAAGAAAAAUGCCAGUGAGGCUAAUGUGCUGAUGUGAAACAGCGUGUGCUGGAAGAAAGCUGACUCAUCAAAUAUCAAUCCCUCUGGGAGCGACAAAGCAACAGAGAGCAGCUCAUAUCACCUAAUGCCUAGCUAGAAGAGAGCCUUGCCACCCCCCCUCACACACACACACACACACACACACACACACACACACAAACGCACACACCAAGGGAGAUCAUCAGACAGGACAAGACAUUGCAGAAACCCCCUCCAGCAGGAAUAUAUGCAGCACCGACUGCAGGCAAAACAAAUUUUGGCACCAGAAGGCCUAACAGUGACUGCUGCCCUAGCCGCCGGCAAAGCUAAGAAUGGCAUCACAGUGCUUCAGCUGAACCCCCCCAACUGACUGACUGUAUAGAAACAUCAACAAUCAGCUGAUAAGACCACCGUCACCCUCCUCCAUCAGUUUUACCCCAAACCAUCAGUGUAAAGUUUGGUGGAGGUCGCUCCUCUCAGCCCAGCCCAGCCCGGGACCACCACAGUCAGCCCGCCUUUCCCCUCCCCCGCCUCGCAGACCAUGAUGUUUCGCGAUCAGGUGGGCGUGCUAGCCAGCUGGUUCAAGGGGUGGAAUGAGUGCGAGCAGACGGUGGCUCUGCUGUCCCUGCUGAAGAGGGUGAGCCGGACCCAGGCCCGCUUCCUGCAGCUCUGUCUGGAGCACUCACUUGCCGAGUGCACCGAACUGCAGGUCCUGGAGGGAGAGGCCAACAACCCAGCGGUGAUCAGCCAGUGGCAAGGCGAGUCUAAGGAGCGGGUCAUCUCGCUUGUCCUCACCCAUCUCCCGCUGCUCAAACCCGGCAACGUUGAAGCCAAGGGCGAGUACAUGCGCCUGCUGCCACGCAUCCUGGCCCACACCAUCGAGCAUGGCCGUCACCUGGAGGAGUCCCGCCAGCUCCUGUCCUAUGCCCUCAUCCACCCAGCCACUUCCCUGGAAGACCGCUCCGCCCUGGCACUCUGGCUCAACCACCUGGAGGAGAGGGCUGCUGCCCGGGGAGACUCACUGGAAAGGCCUCCUCCUUCUGGGCCGCACCACCACCACCACCAGUCCACGCCUCCAUCCACCCUCUCCUCAUCAGGAUCCUCCUCCUCCACCAACACCUCUUCAUCAGGCAAUCUCUUCUCCUUGCAUCACCACCAGCGCUAUGGCUCGGACGACCGCCUCAACGGUUGGCAGAGCUCCAGAGAUUCAGGGCUGGGCGGAGGCUGGCACCCGCAGCAGCAGGGCUGUGAGAACGGGCACCUCCUUCUCUACCCAUCAUCCUCUGUGCCGGCAACCAUCAACACAGUUGGAACUGGUGGAGGCGGUAACGCUAUCCUGACGAGUGGAGGUGGCAGCCAGCAGCACAGUCCCCUGAAGCGCUCAGUGUCCCUCACGCCUCCCAUGAGCGGCCCCAGCAACCAGCCUCUGGGCCACGUCUGGCUGUCCCAGGAGGACCUACGGACUGCUAGAGGCCCGGCCCCAGACCAUGCACCUCUCUCACCCCAGAGCAGCAUUGCCUCCUCAGGCAGUGGAGGCAGUGAGCAUCUGGAGGAGGCUGGUUUAGGAGGAGGUUCAGGUCUGCAUCGCAGUUCCUUCCAUGAUGAGGGCAGUGGCAUGAGGGAUGUUCCUGCGUGGCUGAAGAGUCUCCGUCUCCAUAAGUACGCCGCUCUCUUCUCCACAAUGACCUACGAUGAGAUGAUGUCACUGACUGAAGAACAGCUAGAGGCACAGAAGGUCACUAAAGGAGCAAGACACAAGAUUGUUAUCAGCAUUCUGAAGCUCAAAGAAAGGCAGAACCUACUUCGCAGCUUGGAAAAGGAUGUGUUGGAGGGCAGUAAUCUGCGCGCCCCGCUGCAGGAGCUCCACCAGAUGAUCAUGACGCCUAUCAAGGCUUUCGUUGGUGGCGAGGAGGCCUCCCUGCAGCGCCCCCUGCUAAGCCCUGAGGGAAAGAGCGCAGCGCCCGGCUCCCACCUGACCGGGGUUGGUGGAGGUGGAGGGGAGGCCGAGUCGGGCACAAGCGUCAUCGCAGAGGGGGAUAUACCCGGCCAGUUUACUCGUGUCAUGGGAAAAGUUUGUACCCAGCUACUGGUGUCGAGGUCAGACGAGGACAACAUCAGCUCCUACCUACAACUCAUCGACAAGUGCCUUAUCCAUGAGUCCUUCACUGAGACGCAGAAGAAGAGGCUGUUGUCAUGGAAACAACAGGUCCAGAGGCUGUUCCGGUCCAUUCCAAGGAAAACCCUCCUCGAUAUAGCAGGGUACCGACCGCAGAGGAGCCGUUUCGGCCAGUCCAACUCGCUCCCCACCGCUGGCUGUGUUGGGGGCAGCGUGUCGGCCAGGAGGAGCCUUCGCCAGUUCCAGAUGCCCUCCAGGAGCUUGCCGGGUGCCAGGCUGGGCCUGCUGGGCAGCGGGGGGCUGCUGGGACCCACACCUCGCAGCUCCAGCAGCACACCCACUGGUCCCAAGCAGGGGAGACAGGGUCUCUGGUUUGCCAACCCCGGAGGAAGCAACAGCAUGCCCAGCCGGACCCACAGCUCCGUGCAGAGGACCCGCUCCCUGCCGGUUCACACCAACCCACAAACCAUGGUCGUGUUCCAACAAGCCGAUCUACAGUUACCAGUGACAGAGCCAGACAUCAACAAUCGCCUUGAGUCUCUGUGUCUGAGUAUGACAGAGCACGCCUUGGGAGACGGCGCUGACCGCACAUCAACGAUAUGAAAUGAGGACCUGAGUGAGAGCAGUUAGGACUGCGCGGGUUCCUGAGGCUCUCUCACGAUAAGUCACCUGGAGGUCCCCAGCCCUCCUGUCCCCCUCUCCCUGUAGCCAGUGGCAGAGCUCAACCAAAGGAUCGGGCGGGAUCCAAGAAACACAAGAGAGCCGAUCACCAAACGGCCAACACAAGCUAUCACAUUGGCACCGUCCAUCGGGUCGGAAAAAAACACACUUCCUGCUCCGCCAGCAUGCUCACAGUCACCUGCAUCUGGGUGAGGAGAGAGAAACCGCAUUGAACACGGCCUGGACAGUAUGUGGACAGUGCCCCCCCCCCCCCCCCACACACACACACACACACACACACACACACACACACACACACCCACCCAUCCCCUUCUGGGGAGGCCAGAAGCAGUGCUGCAGCCCAGCAGAAUGGAGACGCUGGCCUGUGGAUCAGGGCCCAGUGAGGCCCUUUUCCCUCUCGACACCCUCUGGUCCCCGCACAUUGACCGCAGCUCGUGGCAUCCUUCAAAUCCAUAACAGUACCUCAGACCCCAAAAACAAGACGAGACAAGCAGAGCUAGAAGGACGCCAGAAGGAAGUUUGGGAUUUCCUUGACUGUUUUCAGUGAGGACUGAGCGUCCAGCGCGGACACUUGUAGAGCUCGGGAAGGUCCUCUUGCUCAGUAUUGGGUGGCAAAAAAAAAAAAAAAGAAAUCAUUUAUUUGUUUUGUAUGUAUUUAUUGUUUACAUAAUGAUGCUACUUUCAAAGGGUACAGAAACGUGUAUGAAUUUCAGGUAUGAAUUGUGUAAUAUUCUGUAAAGCCUUGGCUGUCUACCAGCUCAAUGUCCCACGAGUAGCCAUCACACUAGUUUACAACCGACGUGCUUAUUCUUUAUUUUAGCAGCCAACCGCAAAGACGUGUCGGCGUGAACAUUUAUCGAGAGGGGGGGGGGAGCGAGAAAGAGGUGGAGGUAGAGCAGAUGUGUGAAGAGGGGUAAGAGAAGGACGUGGAGAAGGAAACAGAAAGUAGUAGAAGAAGGAAACAAGCCGAGGUGAUACCAGAAAGGGAAGCGGAUGUUUAAAGGAGAAAGACAUCAGAGGCGGGACCUUUGAUCGGCCGAAGAUGACCGAGGAAGAUGAUGUCAUGUCUGAUCAUGUUGUGAGUCGAGUGCAGGAGGAAGUGAGUUUGGCACCGGUCAGUUACAUAUUGUUUAUCCACAGCAUGUACUGUAUGAUCUCUUUGAAUUCAGAGCCUUUGUAGGCGCGAUACAUUGAAAAUGUAGGGUUUUUUUAUACACAAAUGGGAGAUUAUUAUCGUCAGUGGGAUCCGUCUGCAUGUUCAGAUACUGGGUUUAGUUAUAUAUUUUUUUCUAAAGCAGGGUGAUAUGCUUAAGAUGCAUGUUACAACUAAAUAUCUUCACGGAUGAAGAUUAUGGAGAAGAUGGCAUAAGAGGAAAAAACAGAAGGUCGUUCUGGUUUCUACUCGGACUCGUGUUGCAACAUUGGAGAAAUCACACACUGUCAAUCCAUGAAGGGUAGUUUUCCCAGAGAUUGGCUUCAUAAGUGCUUACCUCCACCUGCUGGCCAAACACAGUCAUGACGGGACAGGCGCUGAAGUCUGUGGACACACAGGCAGAUCAUUGAAAAAUCAUUUACGAACAUUAUUUUGGGAGAUAUCAGUGCUGCAGCAGUCCCCUCAAAGAUUGCCCGUGUAACAUGGUCUUCUGUCUGCUCUGUCUGCACAGGCCUAUAUGAAAUUUAUUUUCUUGUUUUAGAUUCUGAAUCUCAUGGUUAUUCUGUGUCUUAAUAUUUAUCCUCAGUUUAUUGUGUGUGGAAUACAGACUUUAUAAGAAUAGGUUUAUAUCGGAAUAAGCUGGUUAGGAAACUCCCCUCUUUGCCACUGUCAGCGUUGUGCUGAGAGUCCUGACCCUGAACGGUUAUCAUCAUCGAGGGUUGUUGAUUAUUAUUGUUUAGUUUCUUUCAUUAGUUUGUUGCAAUUCUCUAGUACUUCCUCUGUAUCCUGCACUUGAUAUGAUAAUGUGAUACACUAAAAAUCCAAAUGUUCAAGGCUCACGCAACAGUUUUGUGCUUUGGAGUCUGAUCAGACGCAGAUUGAGGAGGUGAGAUCGACGCUCACUCUCGACUGCAGAGCUUCAGUCUCGGUGGACGGACGAAAGUAGAGCGGGAGAACCACAACAGGUGGCGAUGUUGAAUCCCACAGCAGAGACGAAAAGGCUCCUGGCGCCUCUCAUUGACCUGAAAUGAUUUCUGUUUGUCUGACGGUCGAUGUUGGGAGUUAAAAAAAAAAAAGAAUCAUGUCACACACAGUUUAAGGACCACACCAGUGUUUGUGCAUGUUUUAGCCCAUUUACUACGAUUUUUAAUACACAUUACAAUACUACCAACUCAUUUUAUUUUAUGUUUUUCCCGACCUUCCAGGCAAACACAAGUUUCCAUUUAAUCUAUUAUGGUAUUACAAUGAACUUGUGUAGUCUUGGCAACUCCCUGAGAUAGUUCAUCCAUCACUGCGAACUUUUGUAAGUCUGUCUUGUUCUAUAGUGCUGUUCACACUUCUUCAAAGAUCUUCGCCUGCAAAGGAAUUAACACACAACAAUAAUUUGUUGCAGGCAUGAUGUUUGCUGGGAUAAAACACUUUCUCAACCAAGUUUCAAGUGUGUUCAACCUCAAUUUCAUACCAUAAUAGUAACCGCUGGUUACCUACAAGUUUGGGGAAACAUAAUGAAUAAAUUAAAAACACUACCGUAUGCUUACAAAAUAAUAAUAUAUAUAUAGCCAGCAGUGACUCAUUCAGUGUGUGCACUAUAUCUAAGGGACUAAAACAUGCAGACACUCUGGAGCCCAAACUGCCAUCUUGUUUUGGUGAACGUGGCUUCAGAUCCAGUGAUGGUGGCUUGAAACUGCAGUCUAGAUCAGUGCGCAUACGCACCACAGAUAUAAGUGUGCGUGUGUGUUGUUAGUGGCAACACUAUGCACUCUUCAGAUUUUUGUCUUGUGUUUCAAGUGUGUGUGUGUGUGUGUGUGUGUGGGUGUGUUUUCUGCUUUUAUACUUUGAGUCUAUAAGAGCCAACCAGACGCCGUCUGUACGUUUGCGAACGAAGAUGAAGAUUCCACCAAAGCAUGAAUGUGACAUGAACUGAUGUUCCACCUUUUAACAUCUUUUGGUUUUUUCUUUCUGAUGCUCCUCACUGAGACGCAGCAUCGUGUCUCAUCGUAGACCGUUUCAGUGUCACUGCCAUAUGAAUCAGUACUUAAAGUAGAUACAAUUAUUUAUUCUUUUUUUUUUUUUUCAUAAUUUUUGCAGAGGUGAUACUUUUACUCAUUUAGGUGUAUUAUUAUUUAAAGUACCAUGUGUAUUAACAUGUUAUGGCUGGUGACCAUACGUACAUCUCAAAUAUUAACAUAGUUAUUGUUGA